AUGUUGCGUCCUAUACCAGCGGUCGGUCUUGCGAGUGCACUCAUCCAGACCAUAGAUUUCAGCAUCAACGCACUUCGCAAGGACCACCCCAUAUUCCAGCCUAGCUCACCUUCGACAACGCCGUUCGUGGAGAAUGCAGCUUUCCUCCAGGACAUUAUACACAAUCUGUACCGCCUAUCCGACCUAAUUGACCACUCUGAGCUCAAGGAGCUAUACGACGAGAAAUCUGCAAAAAGCGCAAAAGCAGCCAAGAAACUUAGCGAGGCUGCAUUGCAAUUGCUGAAGCAUGCCGAUUUAGUCAAAGAGCUGACGGCUUCGUUCAUUGACGCAGUUAUCGCUGCACAAGAGAAAGGAAAGUUUGGCGAUCCGCGAUGGCCUACUGCUCGCGAAGCACUGUUGAACGGGGUGUGGAAGAAGGCCCACCUUACAGGUGUGAAGAAGAGGUAUCGAGCUCUUCGUCGCGACAUUGAAACGAGUCUGCUGUUGGCUAUGCGCCAGUAUCUUGACCAGUCAAUUGAAACUGGUCUUGCUUUGUUUAGUGGUGAGGAAUGUGUGCACACGAAGCACUGGGAAAAAUGGCAGAAUCAAACGCUUGACAUGAUCCACAGCAACGAUUGGAAGAGCAACAAGAAGAAGGAUGUCGAAGAAUUUUCCAAGCAAGUCGAUGCAUUGAUUCAGGCGGAAAACGAAGCAUACUUCCGCGCGACAAUCUUCGAUAGGCUGUGGUUCGAGGAGAUGGACGAGAGAAUGAAUAGUAUCCCUGCACCAGUCGAUGGAGGCUUUGAGUGGGUAUUCGGAGACGCCUCGAGACAAGUUGGCGGAUUGCUGGAGUGGUUUACCAAUACAAGGGGCGAAGAAAUAUAUUGGCUCACUGGAAAGCCGGGCUCCGGGAAGACGACUCUCAUGAAGCAUUUAUUCCGUAAUCCACGCCUGUUCCCACACCUUGAGGCCUGGUCAGGACAACUACCAGGCAUCACGUCUGGAUUCUUUCUCUGGAACUCUGGAACAGAACCACAGAAGAGUUCUGUCGGUCUACUGCGAGCCAUUAUAUACGAAACCUUACAAGACUUGAUCUUUGGGCCAUUGGAAGAAGAUGGGAUCAUUGUGCAAAACCUAUUCUCGGAUCGCUGGAAUGCUUUCCUAUCCUACGCUGGCGGUCUGCACGAAUUUAAUUUCCCAGAACUAAAGGCGGCAUUCGAGGGCUUGGUCAGUGACGCGAAAAAGAAGUUCUUCUUCAUGAUUGACGGGCUGGAUGAGACGGAGGAUUAUCCGAAGGAGUUGAUGGACCUUGUGUUCAGCACUGCGCGAAGAGACAACGUCAAAUUCUUGCUCUCGGCUCGAAGCUCACCAGCUUUCCAGUCAGCUUUUGAGAACAAGCCUAGAAUGAUGCUGGAAGAAUAUACCAAAGAUGAUAUACAUAGCUACCUGGCCACGACGUUCAACAUGGAAACCAAGCUGCAGGCAUUGAGGGGAAAGAUGGACGGAGAAGAAGAAAGCACUAUUGUCAGGAUACUUGCGGAAAAGAGUUCAGGGGUGUUUUUGUGGGCACAACUCGCAACCAAGUUUCUCCUUGAGAACCUAGAACCCGACUCGGAUUUUCUCAUCUUGAAAGACCGCGCGGACGCCCUUCCGUACAUUCUCGACGACCUGCUGGCCCACAUACUCAGCAAACUCGCCCCAGAAGACAUUGAGGUAAUCAACAAACUGCACAACCUUCUCUCGCACCAAAACACAUGUCCUGCUAUCCUUCCAUUCUCAUUUGCCUAUACAGCCGAAACACCAGCCACAUUAGCCGCUGAUGUACGGCCUUUGACAGCGGUCGAAAUAAGUAAGAGAGUAGAAGACAUGCGAAUCUUGACUCAACAGCGCUGCAAUGGGCUACUGUCUAUCUUUGACACCACGCCAUCCGACCAACAUGCUAGUUUUGAGAGCCUCAGAAUAAGUUACGCCCAUCGUGCGAUACGCGAUUACUUCCUCGCGUACCCCGGUCUACUGCAAACGAGCCUGAGCAAUGUAUCGGAAGAAAACAACUGGAAUUCAGCGCAACAAUGGGCGAAUGCUCAUCUUUGGUUACUUAAAACCCUCUCUCCACCUACCACCAAACGCUCUAGCAAUGGCAAUGACAACUCGAGAGCAUCAACACUCCGCGUAUGGACCCCACUUUCUAGUGCAUUAGAAAGUAGCCUCGAGUUACACCUAGCCACAAACAAAUUCCCACUAACCUACAUCGACGCCGCCCUGACAACCGCCGUCUUCCUUGCACUACGAAGUGAAACCGGCCACGACCUUCCUCAAUACGCCUCAUCGUCACAUGCUGCAUCCACGUCAACAACACCUUCUGCAUCCACAACCCCAACAACGCUUACAACCCCCCUCGACCUAGCCGUGCUCCUCAACCUUACCGCCUACAUCGCGCUGAAAGCCAAAACUACAGAUCGCCGUGAAGUACGCCACGCGCUCGACUACAGCCGCGGAAUGCGAAAACGAAUGGGCGUUGGAGGGGAGGAAGUCUGGUUAUCUGGAUGGGGAAGGGAGGGGCUGAGGAAAGAGUUUGAAAAGGGGAGGCAAGACGGGGAGGCGCUGUUGGAGUAUUAUGCCAAGGCGGUUAGGUUUGGGGUCAGUAAGCCAGAGCUUGAAGCGCCGGAGUGGGUUUGA